AUGGUUUUGGUAGAAAAUUUCUGGGACGAGGUAUUAGCGGGGCCUCAUCCUGAUCAGGGCAUGAGGAUGAUCACCGCCAAGCCCUUGAACCUUAAAAGAUGUAUAUAUGAAGGUGAGGGAAGCAAAUUGUUGUCGAUCCCAGAGAGCCCUAUGACUCCAUUCGAUUUAGUCGGGUCGGGCCACGAAUUGACACCCCUAACUCCAGCAGCACUGGUGACACCAUUGUCUGCUAAAAAGGAGAACGUGUGGAGGAGUGUAUGUUGGGGAUUCUUUACCAUAGAUGUGUUUAACCCAGGGAGAAACCUUGCCAUCAAAGGCAUCGGUGUUGCUCUCUUCGACAAGCCCAAACAUAAUACCCCCACUGUUUACGACUGGCUUUACAGCGAUGACACUAGGAGCAAGCAUCGUUGA